AUGACGUCGACUUCGGCUUGGAUGCCGUCGCUGGCGUUUACGCAGGGAUUCAUGGCGGGGCAAGCUGUGCUCCUGUGCCUGUUCCUGUGCCUGUUUCGAUACUGCUUCAUGACGUCGGCGCCCAGCUCGCGCGCUCGGCGCCAGGCUGAGAUGGCGCAGCGACUCCAUACGCUGCACACGUCGCUGGAGGCGCGCAGCGCACCGCCCACGUACGCGCGCGUGCCGUACGAGCAGGGCGUGCAGGCGUGCAUCGAUGACCUGAUGGCGCAAGUCGAAUACGAUGCCGCAGAACCCGAGUCUCUCGGCUGGCUCAAUGUCCUCGUGGCGCAGCUGCUCAUGACCUACCGCUCCUACAUCCUGCGUACGGGCGCCUGUAUACCCUCUGACGAGCUGCCGUCGUCAGCCACGGCCGAGAAGGCCGCCGCGAGACUCGUGUUUGAGCGGAUCCUGAAUGAGGCGUUGCAGAGCCGCACGAUGCACAUCCUCGAUCCACUGACCGUGACGGACAUUGACAUCGGCUGCCGGUACCCGCGCUGCUCGCACGCCCGCGUCCGGAGCGCGGGGACGAUCGAAGUCGACAUCGAGUACGUCGACGCCCUCACGCUUGGCAUCGAUACCCGCCUGUGGCUGCAUGUGCCGCACUACCGCUUCGGCGCCCUCGACGCUGCCAUGUGUCUGCGCAUCGAGCGCUUCGCCGGGACACUGGCCAUCGAGAUCACAGAGACGGACGUACGCGUGUACCUACACCCUGGCUUCGUGCUCGACGCGCAUCUGUCGAGCGUCUUUGGCUCGAAAAGCAAACUGCAGGACGUGCCGAAAAUCGAGGACAUCGUCCUCGCACGGCUCCAUCAGUGGAUCAAGCACCGGCUCGUGUGGCCGCAUGCAUGGCACAUCCCGCUGCCGGGCGUAGCAGCUACAUAG